AUCGUAUUUCUUAAUGUCCCUGGAUUCGUUUUAGUUUUACGACGACUCUAUGACAGACAAUUGAUGCUCCUAUGGAUACUUUACUAUUGUACAUAUCUUUGGAAAUUAUGUUUCCCGCAUUUUCUAAGUAGUGACUAUUUGUUUAUUGUGAGGUUGAAUAGCAUUUGCAGGUUAUGUUGGACACUUUGUUCUGGAACACAUUACUAAAGUGGUUGAAACAAAACUUUGUUCAUUAACAAUGGUGCGGCACUAUGUGAGAAAACGUGGAAGUCGUCCAUAUAAAAAUUAUUCAGAAAAAAAUCUUGAAAAAGCUUUGAAUGAGGUUCGUGCAAAGAAGAUUUCUGUUCGUGCAGCUGCUGAAAAAUAUGGCAUUCACAGAAACACACUUUCUGGAAAAAUCCAUGGUAAACAUCCAAAUGCUUCAGGUGGGCAGACAACAUUUUCCAGCGAUGAAGAAGGCUUGUUUGCUAAGUACAUUAUUGCUAUGUCAACUUAUGGGUUCCCACUGACUGCAUUUGAUUUGCAAAUGACUGUAAAGAACUACCUUGACAAAUGUGGUAGACAUGUAAAGAAGUUUAAAAACAAUGUCCCAGGGAAGGAUUGGGUAGAAUCAUUUCUCAAAAGGCACAAACAAGAUUUAAGUACAAGACUUGCAAGAAAUAUCAGUCAUGCUAGGGCUCGUUCUAAUGAAGGGACCAUCAAUAAUUUUUUUGAUAAUUUUUCGAAAGAGGUGGAAGGAGUUCCACAUUCUAAUAUAUGGAACUUCGACGAAAGUAAUUUGGUAGACGAUCCGGGCAGUAAUAAAGUUAUAGUUAAGAAAGGUACAAAGUACCCUGAAAAAAUUAGAAAUGCUACGAAAGCAUGUACCACUAUAAUGUUAUGUGGAAAUGCUGAAGGGAUUCUUGCCCCCAUUUACAUUAAUUACAAAGCUGAGAAUCCGUGGCAGACUUGGACAGAGGGGGGACCAGACGGGGCUCAUUACAAUAGAACCAGAUCAGGAUGGUUCGAUGCUGUGUGUUUUGAGGACUGGUUCACAAAACUUAUGCUCCCAAUUCUUAAACAGCAACCAGGAAAGAAAAUUAUAAUGGGAGAUAAUUUGAGUGCCCAAUUGAAUAUGGAAGUUCUAAAUCUCUGUGAGAAAUACAAUAUUUUGUUCAUUUUGAUGUAGCAUACUUUCGCUCCAUGAAAGGUGAGUGGCAAAAGAUUCUGAGUGAGUGGAAAGAGACAUCCUAUGGAAGCAGAUGUGCUACUAUACCAAAAGAUCAGUUUCCACGUCUUUUGAAGACCUUAUUGGAUAACCUUGCAGUAAGAGGACAACAAAAUUUGAAGUCAGACUUUAAGAAAUGUGGGCUUGUGCCACUAGACAGAAAUAAAGUUCUAGCAAAACUGUGUGACAGUGUAAUGAAAGAAUUUACAGAUGCUGAUAACUCUCCAACCUUAAGGAUCAGUGAUAGUUUUUUAGAGGAACUGAAGAAAAGAAGGCACGAAGAAGUGAAAACACAUGGGAAAACAAGAAGGCGGAAAUUAACUGUACCACCAGGAAAAAAGUGUUUGUGCAAAUGAUUUGUCAAGCAAUGCACAUGAAAAUGAGCCGAGUACAAGUCAACCGAAAACAGGUCGUAAAAAUCAGAAACAGAAAACCAGAGAUCAACAAGACACCAGUAGCAGUGAUAUAGAAGAUGAUGUGCAAUAUGAUGAUACUGAUGCCAGUGUAGAAGAUCUUAUUGAGUCAGACUCUGAAUCUAAUGAUUCAAAUGGACGUGUGGUAGUUACAGACACAUUGGCAUCAAGUGUGUGUGAUUCUCUGUCGAAAGAUCUUAGUAUUGGGGACUUUGUAGCAUUUCUUUAUGAUGAAAUAGUUUAUCCUGGGACAGUUACAGCGAUUGACGAAUCAGAUGUCAGAAUAAGUGCUAUGAGCAGGACUGGUAAAUACUGGAAGUGGCCUGAAAAAAAAGAUGAAAUCUGGUAUAAGAAAACAGCUGUUAUCAAGAUGCUUCCUCACCCAAAACAAUUAUCACGAAGGGAGCUGUACUUGGUGGAUCUAAAAAAAUGAAUUGUUUAUGCUUACCUAUGUAAAUGUUAUUUUGUUGCCUACUGUAUGUACACAAGUAAUUAGUAGAGGCACCUGUAUUUCGCAAUUUUUUUUUUCAUGUCAAGGUAUUUCACAAAAUACUGUAGCUUUUCUCCUGUGUUUAUUGGCUGAGGUCGGUGAGAGGUGUCGUCCCGCUCUUGACGGGGCCAAUGAGAAUGUGGUCACCGUACUGCUGCACCCUCACAAUAUUUGCCAUGACUCAUAAAAAAAGCUACAGUGUUUUGUGAAAUACCUUACAUGAAAAAAAAAAAAAUCGCGAAAUACAGGUGCCUCUAGUAAUUAGAAACCGGUAUAUGGUAUCAUUUCCAAGUAGGUAAAGAAAUGUGAUUUGGUAAACCUAUGUUAAUUUUGUGAAAAUUAUCCUUGUAAAGUCGUGCUAGGCACUAGUAUUUUAUGUGUAACAGGUUUCUUUUGCAGUAGUAAUAGCUUUGUAUACCGUAUUUGUUAAUUGGCAAACAUAAUUUCAAUAUAUGUAUGUUUUAUCAAAAGUUGUGUUACCCAAUAUUUUGUCCUUUUGAAUAAGUAUACAAAAAGCUAUUAGAAUGUAAAUUUACAGCAUUAUUUACGUUUAUUUAUAUUAUGCACUUGAAAUGUGGAACAAAGUGACGCUUUAAUGGGGCGAGUUUAUGCCAGAAUAAUUUUCUUAGGGAAAUUACACUGAAAUAACACUUGGCAUAAACUCGCCCCUAUGGAGGGGUGAGAUUGUGCCAUGAAUUUUCUCACAUUUAAGCCUUUAUGGAAAUAGGUAUUGAUGUUCCUUGAAUAUCUAAUAAAAGUUGAAGAAUGUGCCUACCUAACACAGUAUUUCACUAACGAGACAAUUCAAUAGUUUUAGAAUUAUUCUAACAAAUACACAAAAAGUGGCAAAAUUUCACCCCGUUUGACGGUACAUAAUUUAUACCACCUGCCAAACCAGAAUUUUAAAUAUUAUUAUUUUAUUAAAGACUUUCUUUUAAUGACAUUUUAUUUUAUUAUUUAUAAGUCUUGCGCUUUUCAUACCUAUAAUCUUUGUCUUUCGUUUAACCUACAUAAUGAAUUCGAGGUAAUAUUUUUUAUUGUUGUUUUCAUUUGUUUUUCUUGUAACAAAGUGUAUAUGUUUUAUGUGUGUCACCACGUCCACCAGGUGUAUAUGCAUAAAGUAAAACUGGGUCACAUACUCAAUACACUGACUCCACAUAACUAAUAAAGUAGUGGCUAUAAUAAAGACCACUACAGAGAGUGGCUUUAGUACAAUAGUCAUAGUGACAAGUAAUCCCAUCACAUGUUUGAUAAUGCUCUGUUUCCUCCUAGAUUCAAAUUGUCCUGAUAGCUUAUUGGUAGAAGAUGCAGAUGUAAACCUGAAGGGACAGGGUUUAAAUCUCAC